AUAGAUUGUGUGUGUCCCUAUGCCCUCAUGUGCUGUCUGUGUGUCCUCUGGGUGCUGUGUGUGACAUUUUCCCUAGGUGGGCCUGAGCGAGUAACAGCAUUCAACUAACUUGGUUAGGGGAGGCAGAGGCAAGGGGGCUGGGAGGCUGAAAGGCAGCGAGGAGGGAGGGAAAGACACCGCUGGGGUUCUAGGGGGUUCUAGAGGGAGAAGUUUCAAGAGGGAGAGGUAAAAAGGGCGCGGGAGGCUGUGAGCAAGGGAAAAGAAGAAGGAAGUGAUGGAGAGUGGGAGGCCUGCCCCAGCCCCUUCCGGGCGGGCAGGAGGGGGCGGAGGCGAGCAGGGGACUGGGAGGGGCUGCGAGAGGCGCGAAUGCGAACCUGGCCCGUGCGGAAAGGGCGCGGAGAACCCCGGCGCGGAGCAGGCGGGGGACGGUAUUCAGAAUUCGAGCGCAGGAGCUCCGCUUCUCCACCUGCUCCCGGGGAGCUAUUGGGAUCCAGAGAAUCACCCUCUGGUGGUUUUUGCCCAGGCCUGAAACAGAACCAGAGAGCUACGGGAAAGGAAGGGCUUGGCUUGCCAGAGGAAUUUUCCAAGUACUCAAACGCCAGGCUUACAGCGCCUGUGAUCCGUCCAGGAGGACAAAGUGGGAUUUGAAGAUCCUCUCCACCUCUGCUCAUGGCGGGCCAGGGCCUGCCCCUGCACGUGGCCACACUGCUGACUGGGCUGCUGGAAUGCCUGGGCUUUGCUGGCGUCCUCUUUGGCUGGCCUUCACUAGUGUUUGUCUUCAAGAAUGAAGAUUACUUUAAGGAUCUGUGUGGACCAGAUGCUGGGCCGAUUGGCAAUGCCACAGGGCAGGCUGACUGCAAAGCCCAGGAUGAGAGGUUCUCACUCAUCUUCACCCUGGGGUCCUUCAUGAACAACUUCAUGACAUUCCCCACUGGCUACAUCUUUGACCGGUUCAAGACCACCGUGGCACGCCUCAUAGCCAUAUUUUUCUACACCGCCGCCACACUCAUCAUAGCCUUCACCUCUGCAGGCUCAGCCGUGCUGCUCUUCCUGGCCAUGCCAAUGCUCACCAUUGGGGGAAUCCUGUUUCUCAUCACCAACCUGCAGAUUGGGAACCUAUUUGGCCAACACCGUUCGACCAUCAUCACUCUGUACAAUGGAGCAUUUGACUCUUCCUCGGCAGUCUUCCUUAUUAUUAAGCUUCUUUAUGAAAAAGGCAUCAGCCUCAGGGCCUCCUUCAUCUUCAUCUCUGUCUGCAGUACCUGGCAUGUAGCACGCACUUUCCUCCUGAUGCCCCGGGGGCACAUCCCAUACCCACUGCCCCCCAACUACAGCUAUGGCCUGUGCUCUGGGAAUGGCAACACGAAGGAAGAGAAGGAAACAGCUGAGCAUGAAAACAGGGAGCUACAGUCAAAGGAGUUCCUUUCAGCAAAGGAAGAGACCCCAGGGGCAGGGCAGAAGCAGGAACUCCGCUCCUUCUGGAGCUACGCUUUCUCUCGGCGCUUUGCCUGGCACCUGGUGUGGCUGUCUGUGAUACAGUUGUGGCACUACCUCUUCAUUGGCACUCUCAACUCCUUGCUGACCAACAUGGCCGGUGGGGACAUGGCACGAGUCAGCACCUACACAAAUGCCUUUGCCUUCUCUCAGUUCGGAGUGCUGUGUGCCCCCUGGAAUGGCCUGCUCAUGGACCGGCUUAAACAGAAGUACCAGAAGGAAGCAAGAAAGACAGGUUCCUCCACUUUGGCGGUGGCCCUCUGCUCGACGGUGCCUUCGCUGGCCCUGACAUCCCUGCUGUGCCUGGGCUUCGCCCUCUGUGCCUCAGUCCCCAUCCUCCCUCUCCAGUACCUCACCUUCAUCCUGCAAGUGAUCAGCCGCUCCUUCCUCUAUGGGAGCAACGCGGCCUUCCUCACCCUUGCUUUCCCUUCAGAGCACUUUGGCAAGCUCUUUGGGCUGGUGAUGGCCUUGUCGGCUGUGGUGUCUCUGCUCCAGUUCCCCAUCUUCACCCUCAUCAAAGGCUCCCUUCAGAAUGACCCAUUUUACGUGAAUGUGAUGUUCAUGCUUGCCAUUCUUCUGACAUUCUUCCACCCCUUUCUGGUAUAUCGGGAAUGCCGUACUUGGAAAGAAAGUCCCUCUGCAAUUGCAUAGUUCAGAAGCCCUCACUUUUCAUCCCUGAGGAUGGUUUUGUUCAUCUUCCACCACCUUUGAGGACCUCGUGUCCCAAAAGACUUUGCCUAUCGCAGCAAAACACACAUGCACACACACACAAAAUAAAGACACACAAGGACGUCUGAGCAGCAAGAAAAGAAUCUCAGUUGCCAAGCAGAUUGAUAUAACACAGACUCAAAGCAAAGGCAUGUGGAACUUCUUUAUUUCAAAACAGGAGUGUCUCCUUGCACUUAGCCUUGGCAGACCCUUGACUCCAGGGGAGAUGACCUGGGGGAGGAAGUGUGUCAACUAUUUCUUUAGGCCUGUUUGGCUCCGAAGCCUAUAUGUGCCUGGAUCCUCUGCCACGGGUUAAAUUUUCAGGUGAAGAGUGAGGUUGUCAUAGCCUCAGCUAUGCUUCCUGGCUCUCCCUCAAGAGUGCAGCCUUGGCUAGAGAACUCACAGCUCUGGGAAAAAGAGGAGCAGACAGGGUUCCCUGGGCCCAGUCUCAGCCCAGCCACUGAUGCUGGAUGACCUUGGCCUAACCCUGGUCUGGUCUCAGAAUCACUUUUCCCAUCUGUAAAAUUGAGAUGAAUUUUGGUGUUGAAGGUUCUUCCUGGAGCAGAUGUCCUAGAAGGUUUUAGGAAUAGUGACAGAGUCAGGCCACCCCAAGGGCCAUGGGAGCCAGUUGACCUGCUUGACCGAAGGAUUUCUGACAGACCAUCUUUGGGGAUGUUUUCCUCUUCAAGAAGGGAUAUAAGUUAUUUACUUUGGGCAUUUAAAAGAAAAUUUCUCUCGGGAAUAAUUUUAUAGAAAAAUAAAGCUUCUGUGUCUAAGGCAA